UUGUAUUUUUCCUACACAAGACACUUUCGCUUUUUGGGAUUUCAAAUUAAAAAAAUUAAAUAAAUAUUUAUAACAUGUCAGCGUACAUGUAUACUUAUGGAUUGGUUAAAAUUGUUAUUUGUAAUUGUUCAACUUAGUGCAAUAGCUAAAAUAAGUGUUGGCGGGCUAAUAUUCAUAUCACCUCACUGCGAAGUACUGGGAACAUUGGAAUUGAAACGUGUUUGCAUUGGCACCUAUCCUGAAGAAAUAAACGCUAAGUAUCAAGAUGAAAUAAUGGAAAUAGGAGCAUUAUACGCGAUAUUUCAACUAAUCGGUCGCAGUAACAACGAUUAUUUAAUUGCGCAUUAUUUCAGCCCGCUGAUCAUGUGCGAUAAAGCUAUCUUUAUCACAAUAGACGAAAUAAACUGUACAACUAAAAAUGAAAUAACAGAACAAUUUACAAUUCCUAAAAAUUUAAUGAUUUGUAUAUAUGAAAAUUUGCAAAUGGUAGAUGACCUACUGAAAUUAUGUACUGGAAAACAAAUGAAUCCGUCAGAAUUCGUAGCUUUACAAUAUAACUUAGAUAGUGAAGCAACGGUUGUAAGUAACACAGAUGCUGUCAUGUGUAGAAUGCCUGUUUAUUUCAUAGUAUCAACAAUAUUGUAUUUAAUAGAAAAAACAAAAAUUCUUGUACUAAUAUUUGACUAACAAAUAAACUUUUAAAAUGCAAGUGCUCAUAAAUAUAUACUCGAUAUAUAAAUUAAAAUGGCUACUGAUUUUAUUUAUAAUUUAUUAAAGAUACGACUUUAAGAAAUGACUAAAUAACAAGGAGUAAAAAGCAAAAAUAAAAAUAGAUCGAGUUAACAAAAUUGUGUGAAUCUGUAGUAAAAACAGUUGCCGCAGCAUGUGAAUCUGUAGUAAGAAGUAUGUAUUUAUUUUUAAAUGGAUAAAUUAAUCGCAUAUCUCUUUUACAUUUUCAUUCAAAUGUACAUACAUAUGUAUGAAUGCAUUUGCUAUGAUGAAAUAAUAUUAGGUUGUCAAAAAAGUCUUGCGGUAUUUUCGCUAGUUGGCGCUGAAAGCGCGUAGUUCUAGUUUUAUUCGUCGCAUCGGGUCGUGCUAUACCUUUUUGGAAAGCUCACGCGCUAACACGUGUUUGAUUGAUUUUUGUUUUUUUUAAGUCGUUCGUGAGUUAUCGCGUCGCAAACAUGGAGCAAAAUAAAGAGAAAAUACGGCAUAUUUUACAGUACUACUACGAUAAAGGCAAAAAUGCAUCUCAAGCCGCCAAAAAAAUUUGUGCAGUUUACGGACCCGAUUCAGUUUCCAUUUCCACCGCACAACGAUGGUUUCAACGUUUUCGUUCUGGUGUAGAGUUGGUCGAAAAUGCGCCACGCUCCGUCGAAAAUUGCGAUAAAAUCGCUGAAUUGGUCGAAAGAGACCGGCAUAGUAGCAGCCGUAGCAUCGGUCAAGAGCUGGGCAUGAGUCAUCAAAAAUUCAUUUCAAUUUCAGUAAAAAAAAAAAAUAAUAAAAAAAUUUAAUAAAAAUACCGCAAGACUUUUUUGACCUGGCUGACUUCCUAAACGUAUUUUGCUUUGUAUUCGAACAAUGUAGCACAUUCCCAAACGCAGUUGCACAAACUUUGACAAUGUAUCAUAUUCCUAAUGGCAACCCUGCCCGAUAAAUGCGCAGAAAAAAGCAAUCGGCGCAUCACUAACAUUGUUGAUGCAUUUAUUCAAUAAAAUGGCGACCGAAGGAGAGAGCAAUAAAAAGUGGACGCACGAGCGCAAAAGCCUUUUACUCGCAAUAAGGUUGGAUAUGGAGCCAGAUUUCCAAUCAAAAAGAAAAACGCGUGUGGUCUUGUGGCAGGCGGUGUUGCAGAAAAUUAAGGACACCGACUUAGAAUUUUCCUUCUCGCGUGAUGACAUUUCACGGAAAUUCCUCAACCUCAUGGUGACCUACAAGCGCAUCAAAAAGAGGAACAACACCUCAGGCGAAGCUGCGACGGCGUGGGAAUAUUUCGACGAACUAGACAAAGUGUAUGGGUCUCGGAGCGAUAUAACUGUGCCGGAAAGUAACCUCGACUCUUCGAUGAGUUCAAUAUUUAAUUCAUUAACGAACGAAAAUGCAGAGUCAGCAGAUUCCUUGUUCAGUGAGAACAUUGGUGCCGCUCCGCCAAGAAAACGCUCUCGAAAUGUUUUAGACUUUUUGCAAAACGAAUCUACAUAUGAGAAGGAGUUAUUGGAUGACCUGCUAAAAUGCGAGAAAGAAAAAAUUGAAAUAGAAAAACAAAAACUCGAUGAAAUUAAAAAGCUCACGAAGCUCUUCUAUCACUUAAUAAGUAAAUACCCGUACAUAACAUUUUUACCUUAAACCGAUCUCAAUUUUUUAGAGUUCAUAUAUACAUAUUAUAACCAAAUAAAAUAACUGCGUUCAUUUAAUGAAUUAAAAUAAUUUAAUACAUAAACGUAAUUGAAUGAAAAUGAUUUAUUUAAUAAAAAAUUAUUUGUUUAAUAAAAAUUGUUUAUUUAAUAAAAAUAAUUUAUUUAGCUAAGCUGACAACAAAUUAGUCAGCCUUUCUCUUUUUGCUCUUGCUUCGCUUCGUUGGUUUCCAUCAGCUGGAAGCGUGUUGAUCUCGGUGUGAGGCACGUUUUCAAUAAUCACCCCGUCAGGAUUUCCUUUGUGUUCCAAUAUAUAGUUAUGAAGUACGAAACAAGACAUAAUAAUAUUCUUUGCCAAUUUAAUAUCGUGAACUUCUAAAAAAUUUAAUAUUCUGAACUUCUUUUUUAGCACACCAAAUGCUUGUUCCACACACACUCUGGUCGAACUUAAAAUGUUAUUGUAUGUUGUUUGGGCUUCAGAUAGGAACCCAUUGUCUUUGUAAGGUACCAUUAAAUACGUUUCUAAAGGAUACGCUGCAUCACCAAGCAAAUAACAUUCUGGAGGAAAUGAAAUGAGACCAUUUACAAUUGCUCGCAUAUUGCU